CUUUUCCUCUUGCCCGUGCCCAGGUGUGCCUGCUGCCCUGCACCCUGCUGUCGUCCCUCCUCUUCCUCCUGCUCUGCAGCAUCCAUGAGACGGAGCAGAACAGCUACUGCCAGCAGAUCAUCACGGAGAAGCACCUGGCUGAGCUGGAGGAGCUGGCUGACACCCAGAUGCAGCAGCCGGGCAGGGUCUCCUUCGAGUUCAUCGAUAAGAUGAAGUUGAACGACUCCGUCUGCUACGUGAAAGCUGCUUUUCCUCUGCUGGGCAAGAUCCUGCAGCGGACGGAGUUCAAGGAGAACUCGUCCAACGCCAAGAAGAUGCAGAUGGUGCGCAGGAUGUACAGCCGCAUCGACGAGAACGUCGACCCCUGCAUCAGGGAGGAAGAUGAUGAGGAGAGGGAGCUCUCCAAGAUGUGCUUCGAGGAGUUCACCACCUCCCCCUACGAGAUGCUGGUGUUGGUGAAACAGUUCUUCCAGGACAUCAACCAACUGCUGGAGAACCGAGAGACCUUCGAGAAGGACUGCAGCCAGGUCUACAGCAGGACAUGCUGGGAACCCAAGAGGGCUGGAUCCUCACCAGGUGUGGGGACAGAUCCUGACUGCAAUUGCCUGUCCCCUGCCCUCCCUUCUGCCACCCAGCCCUCCCUCUCCGCUGCCACCCGUGCCGGCAGGGAGGUGGCACCCGCUAGCACCCGUGUCCCUUAUGCCACCCUCGCUGACUUAGAAGCCCCAUCUCAGCCCCCCGGUAGCACGGAGGGCGGCUCGGGGACCGAGGAGGUCCUGGCUGCCGGGGUAGGUGACACGGUGUCGGUGCCAUCCCCGGCGAUGCCACACACAGCUCCAACCGACAGCGCCGAAGCCCCCUUGGAUGUGGCCGGGACCUUGAGCCUGGUGGCCGUGGACCUCUCCGUCCUGCGUGGGGAUGGAGAACUGGUGGAAGGGGCCAACCGAGCGGUGGCCUCCCCCCCGCCGCAGGAACAGGCCCAGAAGCGGGGAUCCUCCAUCCUCCCGGACCCCCCCGGCGGGCUCAGGACCACGGCGCCGAGAGCAUCCUCCCCCAGUGCCGGUUUGGCGGGCGGCAGAGCCAGGAUCCGGCCUGCCGAGACGUCCCAGCCCGUCGUCACCCAGCUCCGUUACUCCAGGAUGUCCUCGGGGCUCCGGGGUGGCCCCGGGGAUGGGAUCGGGGCCCGAGGCUGGGGUCUGAGCCGGUUUCGGGAGCCCGAGGACGGCAGGGCCGGCCCCAGCUUUGACUCUGGCUUUGUUCUGGGCGCAGAGCGGCGCAGGAAGGAGCCGGCCGUCAGGAAAGGCCACCGGGAGCCCCUCAUCUACAUCACGGUGGCCAGCGUGGUGGCCGUCCUGCUGGCCACGGGAGGGCUGCUCUUCUACAAGUGUAAAUCCAGGGUCCUGGAGAGGCCGCUGGAGGAUGGAGAGUGUGACCCCGAGGAGCCGGAGAGGAGUGCACUGCAGGGAACGAGGGAACGUCCAGAGCUGGAGACUCAGGACCUCUAAGGGAUGCGAAGCCGCUCGGGGGGGUCGGAUCUGGAUGCUCCUCGCCGUGCGAAGGAUUGGGGGGGGGGACCUCUUCUCCCACCCC